GCUGCAUCAUACAACAUAUAUCAGGCCGACGCUAGCAAGUUACCACUCAGAAGUUGUGAUGUUGUUGAGAUUUGUUUUCCCUCCCUGAGACGUGGUCGAAUCUAUCACACAGCAGCACGCCACUUGUCGCAAACGGUGCGCCCCUCGAAUUUCUUUUGCUCUACUCCUCAUUUUAAUUUCAUCUUCGACAUACUAUGUCACUUCCCCCGCCGCAACCCGGCCCUGGUUCCCUCCACACGACCACGUGGAUCGGGGUCUACAAGCACGGGUUGCGUCUGGCGUGUUUGUACGAGCUUGAGCUUUUCAAAGCAGAGAUUGUGUGCGAAAAUUUGGUGCACGAUUUGAUUGUGUUCCGGUUGCCGGUGCACCAGGUGGUACAUGAUCAUCCCGAGAACGAAACUACCGUCGAAGACCUACCGCUGACGUUCGAUUUGCUCUUCGAACCCAUCGCAACGGCGGGUUUGUUGGGAAGAAGCUGCGACGGUGUUGAAAGCUGCGACAGGAGCGCAAGAAUAAAUCCAAAUGUAGUGGAGGUCCCUCAGCACCAAGAGAAAGAACACUUUUCGCGGGAAAAUAGCGGAAGAACCGGAAUUAUCCCUUUCCCGGCGCAGUCCUUUUUCAAGGAGGAGCAGCACUCGUUCCCGGCGAUCGAGCACCGGGUGGGGAACAACAAGAAGUUCCCGCAGCGGAAAAAGGUGGAAAGUGAUGCGGCCAAGGAGGCAGCGAAAACGAAGAUUUUGAAGCCGUUCAUCCUGGAACACCGCGAGAAUCUGCUGCGCAUCCUGAACCAGCGGAAGCCGUGGCGGGCGACGUGCGAGAAGGUGGGCGAGUUCGCCGUGAAGUCCAUUGACCUCUGUAGCCUGUUCGGGGAGCUGGCGACCGAGUUGCUGCCCGAGCGCACGGAGGAGGAGAAAAAAUCCUCCCCGGUGUCGAUGAAAGACUUCGAACUAGAAAUCGUCAUCUUUGUCAGCCACAAGCGCGGCGACGAGUUCUCUAAGGAAAUCCCCGGAGCGAGGAGAGCGGCGGGGGGAAAGCGGGCGGCGGGGGAAAAGCGGGCGGCGGCGGAGAUGAAACGGUCCGUAGUCAGUGAAGACGGAAAGGAUGGUCAUCCGAACAGGUGGGAAAGAGGCCAAAGAGAAGCAGAGGAAGGAGAAGGAACUGCAACCGGAGCUAUAGAUGAUUCGGAACAGGAGCUGCGACGACGAGACCACAGCACUUCGAGCAUUUGGCUCAGUGCCUGCAGGAACAACGCAUCACGCGAAAAACCGGUGGGGGAGAAGGAGGACUACAACCCACUUGCUGCGCAUUCAUCGAUGUCCUUCGAAGAGUCUUAUUUCGCCCGCGGCG